UGUCAGUUAGGUGUCGCAUGGUUUACGUAAAAGCCGCACAAACUUUUUGAUUUUUUAAUUAAAAUACAAUUCUGUAAGGAAACCAAAGUGAAAAGCCAUGUCUGCUAGCCUUACUCGAGUGUGGGAGCGCCUGCCAGGCAAAAAACAGGCCGCACAAAGCAGCGUCCGCUUGUUUUCCAGUCAAGAGCAAAAACAGCAGCCAGAAGUGGAAGUCGACGAAGAGUUCCGAGUGCUGAAUCUGCGGGCGGUGAAGCAGCAGUUCCAGCGGCGUCAGCAGCCGCGCAGGGAUCCCACCACUCCGCCGCGCACCACCCGCAUGGCGGUGGAUCAGGACUGGACGUCCGUUUGGCCAGGGCCGAGGUCCUUCCACCCGGCCAGUGUGCCCCUGCCGCUCCGCCAGGGAUUCACGGAACGCGGGGCAGCGGCCCCCUCGAAGUUCGCCAAUGCGGAGCUCAUGAAGAUCCCCAACUUUCUGCACCUGACUCCGCCGGCCAUUCGGCAGCAGUGCGAGGCCAUCAAGAGAUUCUGCACGCCCUGGCCAAAGGGGCUGGAGACGGAGGCCAAGUGGCAGCGUCACUUCCCCGUGGAGGUCACGACCACAGACUACUGCCACAGCUUGCCCACAAUCCGGAACCCCGAGGCCAGGAGGGUCACCGUUUCGCUGAAGCUCUCCGAUCUUAAGUUCGACUCGCACGCCCGGGACAAGUUCCUGCGCCUCGUGGGCGAUCGCUACAACAAGGACACCGACGUCCUCACGUUCGUCACGGAUCGGUGUCCGCAAAGGAAGCAGAACUACGACUACGCCAUGUACUUGCUCACCGCUUGCUACCACGAGUCCUUCAUCACCGAGCCCUGGGAGGCAACGAAGUCGGAAGCGGACAUGGAGGUCUACCUGUUCGAGCGGAACCAGUCGAAGCUCUCCGCCGAGGGAAUCCUCAACUGGGGCGCCAAGGAGGGAGCUCCCAAGGUGGCUCCCAGUGCCAGCUACGCCAGCUGCGUCGAGCAACUGAUCAACGAGGGCGAAAACGAGUACAACUUGGGCCAGUACAAGGAGGAGGUCAAGAAAAUGUUGAAUAUUGCUUAGGGAUUUCAAAACGACAAUGGAAGUGUUAGAAACCAAUAAACUUUUUAAAUUAA